GCUUUUCUUUCCGACAAAAAAAAAAAGAAAAAGGAGGUUUUGUCUUUUUUUUUUUAAUCCCAAAGUCGAGAGAACUAGGGUUUACUAAUGGCUUCGUCGUCAGAUUACGAGAUCAUCACAGACCCGUGGGAUCCAAAAUGUGUGAGAGCGUGCAGUAUGUAUAUCCCUGGAGAAGAGCAUGAGGAUACGAAGCUUCUGUUGGAGAAAAUUCGAGGGAAACUUGACAAACGGAUUCACAAUCACACACAAGCUGAGGAGUUUCGUAUCAUCAAUGAACAGAUCGUGAAUAGUCAGGGAUUUGACGUCGAUUUCUCCAAGCUGCGUUACCUUUUUGAUUUCCAGCCUGCCUUUCUCGAUGAUACCGAUACCGAUAGGGGCAGGGAGUUUUUCGGUAGACUCUCUGCCGAAGCCAUUGAGAUCUACAACAAAAGAGAGGGGACUGGUUUUGAGUUCGUUGAGGUUGAGAAAGCAAAUAUUUACUCCAACAGCGGAGAGGUCUACUUCAUCACAUUUGUAGCCAAAGAUCCGCUUGACCACCAGACAAAAGUGUUUCAAGCUAAGGUUAUCCAUGUUUUCUGUAGACAGAUUGUGCACAGCUUCUGCAGGCUUAAACCCAAUCAACAAGUAACAUGUGUUGAGGAAGAGUCCAUUGCAAAGAAAGCGCUCAUUACAAGACAAAAGAAGAGAAAGCAUGCGUUGUUGAAAAUUAAACGAGGGUGUAUUCAUUCAGACCCUUGAGUUGGUGAUUUGGUCCUCCGUGAUAAGCAAGAAGCAGCCCAGGACGAUGAUGUUUGAGCUUGCAAAUCAGUUCCCUGCCCUUGCUUCAUUUAAUUAUCAGGAUUAGGUGGUGCCAUCUAUAUAUAGUGCAUCUAGGGUUUUAAGCUUUUAGCCAUUCACAUGAUAAUUAUGUGUAAUCAAUGUAAGAACUCAAGAGAGUUAAAAGACAUCUACGAAACUUAUAUUUCAUCUUCCUCAAGCUUUUGC